AUGAGUUUGAAAGUUGCAUAUUUGUGGAUUCUGAUGACGGUUGCUUCGUUGGCAUUGGAAGCAAAUGGUGGUGCUACAAAAUACACAGCAAUGUACGUAUUUGGAGAGUCAAUGUCGGAUGUAGGAAACAACAAGUAUUUCAUCGACACUUUAGCAAAAGCCGAUUACCUUCCUUUUGGUAUAGAUUUUAGUGGAGGGCCCACUGGUAGACUCUGCAAUGGCAAAAUCCUCGUUGACAUCAUUGCGGAGAUGGUGGGACUUCCUCUUCUUCCAUCAUAUGCUGAUGUUAUUGUCAAAGGAGACAACACUCUAUUUGGAGUAAAUUAUGCCUCAGCAGGUGCAGGAAUUCUUCGCGACACGGGAUAUCUAUUAGAAAUCCACGGAUUAGGGCUAAAGAAGUUCUUGAUAUUAGAGGCACCACCUAUAGGUUGUGGCCCUAUAAGAGUUCGCAACAUGAAGUGUAACGCCACAUUAAAUCACGCGGUAGUAAUGUUCAAUACGCGGUUAAAAUCUGUUGUGCAUGACCUCGGGUCGAACUACCCUGGAUCUGCAUUCACUUAUGCCCCAUCGUCUCAACUGUUUCAAAGCUUGUUCGACACUGCUGAGGCCUACGGAUUCAAGGUGAAGGACAAAGCUUGUUGUGGGGUCGGUGAUGGUUGA